AUGACAUCCCCGAGAUCCUGGUUCGACCAGGGACCCAUGCGUGGGCGCUACGAGCGCGGCAGCAUCAUUACCACCGAUGACGGAACCGAAUGGGAAAUCGUCGGACGCCUCAAACAAGACGACCUCCAGACAGAGGGCAAGUUGGUCACCCGACCCAGCUAUGCCGCCCUAAAAUUGCACUGCAUGAAGGCCAACGUCGACCCGAGCGAGAGAAGCGCAAGCGAAUCAUUUGCGCGGGUUUAUGUGCAAGUUCCCUACCUUGGGACGGAGUUUGACGAUGCACAAACUCGCGCCGCGCAAGCCGAUCCGGCCUUUCAGCCUGACGAGCUCGAGGCAUAUCGCACCCUCAGCGACCAUACGGUGGUCUCGACGUUCACACCGAAGUUCCUGGGAUCUAAGGUGUCGGUGCAAGAGCUCUCAGGCUUCGUGCCAGGCGGGUUUCUUAUCCUCGUUGUAUGGGAAAGAGUUCCCGGGAUUCCCCUCGGCGAUACAACCGGACAAGCAACUGGAUAUUGGACACAGUCUAAACGCGAGCGCAAAAAGAUCCGAGAAGCUUUUAAAGAAACCUUCAAGGAAAUCUCCUCUACUGUUGGUAUCUGGCCAAGGCCUACCUCUCCCCACCACUUAGUCUGGAAUUUCCUGACCGAGACUUUAUUCUGGGUUGGGUUCCGUCAAUUCGAUCGGAAAAAGGACAUAGUCUGGAGUGAGACCUGGCUCCCUGCAUAUGACCUCGUCAAAACCCCGCCGGGUGAUAAGUGGGCAAGAAUGGACUGGGAUGGUGAUACUACGUGCUGGAUAGGCUAG